GAGAUAGUUCAGAUUUCACAACUCUCAGUCAUGUUGGGAAAAAAGUUGGUGACCGCACAGAAGCGAGGGGAGACAAGAGCCCUGUGCUUGGGGCUGGGAAUGGUCGCGUGCUCCAUGAUGAUGUACUUUUUUAUUGGGAUCACCAUUGUGCCGUUCUACACGAAAAGUGUUUGGACAACAGAAACUGUGUGCAAGGUUCUCAAAGCCAACAUUCAGGACAAAGCUCCCUGUCCAAACAGCGAAGGCUCAGAGGAUGAGGAUAUCUUUCCGUAUCCCUGUCUACAGGUGUGGGUUAAUCUGACAACCUCAGGACAAGAGGUUAUGCUGUAUCAGACUGAAGAUACACUGGAAAGAAAUCCUAAGUGCUCAUAUGUCCCAGGCAAGUCGGAGAAUUCUAAAGAAGUUAAAGCACGUAUAGAAACAAUUGCAAGCAAUUUCAAAAAAUACCAGACUUUCCCAUGCUACUAUGACCCAGGAGGAACGCAGACCAAUGUCAUUUUAAGCAGACUUUAUGACCCCAAAGGCCUCCUCUUUGCUUUCCUUUGGCCUACACUCAUGUUUACUGGUGGAUGUCUGAUUAUUGUUCUGGUAAAAAUUAGUCAGUAUGUUUCUGUUCUUUCUGCUUGGCAGUAGAAAAUAGAUAUCUAGCAUAGAUUGUUGCAAGAUAUUAAAAUGCCUUUGUUCUGCCUG